AUGAAAGCAAAUUAAAUUCCAAAAUUAUUUUGUAUUGCCGAUUACUAAAAAGAAAAUUUUUACAACGCAUCUAAACAUUAAAGAGUAUAAUCCUCUCUAGCCUUAAGAGAAAAAUCAUCAAAAUCAAAUUCAUUUCAUUCUAUGAUUCCUCCUUAAAAACCUUAAUUAAACUUAAAUGAAGAUUAAAGCAAUAGAACAAGAGAGGGUUUUUAAAGAGUAAAAACAGACUCAAAUAUACCCAUGCCUUUUAGAAAUGGAAGAAAUCUGAGUAUAACAAGUGGAGACACUGAAAUUUUAACAAAUAAAACAUUUAAAUUACCUUUAAAAAAUAAAAAUCCUCAAUUAGUAAAUGCAUAUAAAAAUGAAAUUGUCACAUAUAUGAAAGAUAGAACUGUAAUGAAUAUACUUAAUUUAGUGUAAAUCCAAUUUUAAAUAGACUGCGUUCCAAUUUCAAAUAGAAAUAACAGAAAAAAUGCGCAGUAUUUUACUGGAUUGGUUAGUAGAUGUUCAUCAUAAAUUCAAAUGAGACCCAGAAACACUUUUUUUAACAAUUUCAAUAGUUGAUAGGUAUUUAUUACCUAAAUUUGAGAAUACUUGAAUAAUUUUAAAUACCAAAAUCUAAAUUUUAAUUAUAUGGAGUUGCAGCAUUAUUUAUAGCAUCUAAAUAGGAAGAAGUAUACUCAGUUCCUCAUGUAAGAGAUUUAGUGUAUGUUUGUGAUAAUGCUUAUAUUAAAGAAGAAAUUCUAGAAGCAGAGGGAAAAAUUAUAUCAUUAUUCUCUUUUGAUUUAUUAACCACUAGUCCUUAUAGAAUGCUAAACAUUUACUAGGGAACAGCUAAAUUGGAGUAAAAAAAUUUUAUGCUUUGCAGGUGUUAUUUUUGUAAUUAGGAUUUAAAGUAAAAUUAUUUAAUUUAACUUUUUUAAUUAUAUUUUCUGAAUUCAAAUAUUUUUUAUUGA